AUGGCGAUUCGCAGGAAGAGCACCAAGAGCCCCCCGAUCCUGAGCCACGAAUUCGUGCUGCAGAAUCACGCGGACAUCGUCUCCUGUGUGGCGAUGGUCUUCCUGCUGGGGCUCAUGUUCGAGAUAUCAGCAAAAGCUUCUAUCAUUUUUGUUACUCUUCAGUAUAAUGUUACCCUCCCUGCAACAGAAGAACAAGCUGCUGAAACAGCAUCUUUCUAUUACUAUGGUAUCAAAGAUUUGGCUACAAUUUUCUUCUACAUGCUAGUGGCGAUAAUUGUUCAUGCCAUAAUUCAAGAGUAUGUGUUGGAUAAAAUAAACAGGCGUAUGCACUUCUCCAAAACGAAACACAGCAAGUUUAAUGAAUCUGGUCAGCUUAGUGCAUUCUACCUAUUUUCUUGUAUUUGGGGCACAUUCAUUCUAGUUUCUGAAAACUACAUCUCAGACCCGACUAUCUUAUGGAGGUCUUAUCCCCCUAACCUGAUGACAUUUCAGGUGAAGUUUUUCUACAUAUCACAGUUGGCUUACUGGUUUCAUACUUUUCCUGAGCUCUACUUCCAGAAAACCAAAAAAGAGGACAUUCCUCGGCAGCUUGUCUACAUAGGUCUUUACCUCUUUCACAUUGCCGGCGCUUACCUUCUGAACUUGAAUCGUCUAGGACUUGUUCUUUUGGUGCCACAUUAUUUUGUUGAGUUUCUUUUCCACAUCUCCCGCCUGUUUUAUUUCACUGAUGAAAAGUAUCAGAAAGGCUUUUCUCUGUGGGCAGUUCUGUUUGUUUUGGGAAGACUUCUGACUUUAAUUCUUUCAGUGCUAACUGUUGGCUUUGGCCUUGCAAGAGCAGAGAACCAGAAGCUAGAUUUCAGUACUGGAAACUUCAAUGUGUUGGGCGUAAGAAUUGCUGUUCUGGCAUCGAUUUGCAUUACCCAAGCAUUCAUGAUGUGGAAGUUCAUUAAUUUUCAGCUUCGCAGGUGGAGAGAACAUUCUACUUUUCAGACACCAACCGUGAAGAAGAAGCCAACAGUGACAAAGGGCAGAUCUAGAAAAGGAACAGAAAAUGGUGUAAAUGGAACAGUAACUUCAAAUGGAGCAGACUCUCCUCGUAAUAGAAAAGAGAAAUCUUCAUAA